UAAAUGUCAAACUUAAAUCUUCGGGGCCGUUUGGGAAGUUAUUGUUGUGGUUAUUUUGUACUUAAUUUGGCACAAGCAAAAGUAAAGUUACUAAAAUGUUUUCAACGAGCUCCCAAAGGAAGUUCUGGACAUUUAGCGACGAAGGUGAACUAGCAAUUUUGCGCGAGAAGCAUAACCUUAACUAUAUUGCAAAACAUGGAAAUCAUAUUGAUGAAUAUCAAAGGUACAAUUUCUUUUUAUCUCCUGACGAAGAAAGACUGCUAUUAAAACAAUAUGAACUGCAUUUGAAAGAGUUCUGCAAGCGCUUCAGCCCGCCCAUGCCGAAGGGAGUUGUAGGCACCGCGUUUCACUACUUUAAACGAUUUUAUCUCUACAACUCUACAAUGGACUAUCACCCGAAAGAAAUUCUCGCUACGUGUGUAUAUUUGGCGUGUAAAGUGGAAGAGUUCAACGUGUCAAUAGGUCAAUUUGUUGCAAAUAUCAAAGGCGACAGAGACAAAGCGUCUGAUAUUAUAUUAAACAAUGAAUUGUUGCUGAUGCAGCAACUGAAUUAUCACUUGACCAUACACAAUCCAUUCCGGCCUGUUGAGGGGUUCCUUAUUGACAUAAAAACUAGAUGUUCACUAGCAAACCCUGAACGGCUCAGGGGAGGUAUUGACGAGUUCCUUGAGAAGGUAUUUUUGACAGAUGCUUGUUUAUUAUAUGCUCCAUCACAGAUAGCUCUGGCAGCUGUGCUCCAUGCAGCCAGUAAGGAGCAGGAGAACUUGGACAGCUAUGUCACAGACAUGUUGUUCAGGGAUGCAGGACAGGACAAACUGGCAGUAUUGAUUGAAGCUGUGAGGAAGAUAAGGUCUUUGGUGAAAAUGGUGGAAAGUCCUGCUCGGGAGAAGGUCAGGCUUAUUGAGAAGAAGCUGGAUAGGUGUAGAAAUCAAGAGAACAAUCCUGACAGUGAGAUUUAUAAGAGGAGGAUGAGAGAACUGCUGGAUGAAGAUGAUGUACCUCACACCGGAUCUAGUAGAAUGUCUUUGGACACUAGUGGGGUGACACAAGUAUUGUCACCAUCAGCAUCAUAGAGUAAAAAAAACCUGAUGACCCAUAAAAAUUGUCAAUGGAAAAUUUUUAACCCUUUCUCUUCUGUUUCAUAAUAACUAAUAACUUUAUAUCACACUAAAGUUGUUCUUGUGAAUUGGGUCUCUGUUUCACACAGAUAUUAUGUUAAACAAAAAUAUAUUAUGAACUUAGUUGAUUUAUUACAUCUGAAAGAAUAGAUUUUAAAUUGGGCAAAGUAUUUUGCAAAGCCACAGAAACAAUAUAAACAAUAAUAAAUGUGAUUUAAUUUAAUUUAUACAUGCUUACUUAUAUCUAAAGGAAGCCCACUAUAUGUUUUCUGGCAUUUCUCUCAUUCAUAAAUCUCUUUAAUUUUAACAUUUUCUAUUUUCAGUACAACAUAAUAAUUAAGAUGUUUAAAAUAUAUUAUAAAAAUUUAAAUCCAGAUUAGCAGGACUUAUCUAAGGAUGUAGUUUUAAGUUUAUUAUGACUAGAUAUUAAAUAAAUUUUAU